CAAAAGCACUCCAAGCCUCGCUGAGGCCUUCCUUGGAUCAAUUUGGCUCUCGUUUGCUCUCAGCUUGCCAUUUCUUGGAGUACCCAAAUCCUUUUUCCUCAGCCUGCGGACCACCCUUUUCCAAACACCUCUUAGAAAGGUCUCUCACAUGAGGUCUCAACACCCAGCCAAACCAUCACCCCUACUGGAAUUUUCCCUGUUGAGUUCAGUGCGGUAGAGUGAAUAAAACGGUGUCGUAGUUCAAGCGGCGAAUUGAGUCCUACAGAAUCAAGGAAAGCACAUUGCGGGGCUUUAUUAGACUUGCCUAACAGAACAGGUCAUUGUCUUGCUUCUUCUCUAAGCUAGAAAUGUCUGUUUUUUGUUAUUAACUAUAUGUUUUUUUCACUCUGUAACUCAUGGUUUCUAGGAGAGUUUUACAAGAUGGUUUUUGUGAUAUUUUUUUGGUAAAUUGAAAAAUGGUGGUGAUGAUUAUGUCAAAUGGGCAAAUGGGUAUCUCUAAUUUUCAGAGACCUGGGAUUUUGGAUUCGGGUUUUAAACCGAAUUCAUUUUCUUUGUCUGCGUUUUCAAUUCAUUGGAGACCUACAUUCGGUGUUGAUUUGAACUGUAAGAAUAGAGUAUUGAAGCGUGGAACGAUUAGUAAAGUUCUGUCGAAGGGAGGAGGAGGGUCUGAUGGGGUUCUUGAAAAGGAAUUUGAAUUUAAGCCGUCAUUCGAUGAGUAUUUGAAGGUUAUGGAAUCUGUUAGAACUGUUAAAGACAGGAAUCAAGGAAUUGGUUCAAAGGAACAAAAGUCUAUGAAAGGUUUGAAGGAUAAAGUUGAAGGUAAUGCAGAAAAUACCAAUGAGUUAGUCGGAAAUAUUGAUGUUUUCAUGAAUGGGAAGGAAAGACAAAUGGAAGUAAUUUCGAAACUGAAAGAAGGAUUUAGAAGCAAGGAAAGAACGGUCAAGAAGCAGGAAGGUGGAGUUACAAGUGGUAAAAGAUCGUCGAGAUAUCAGAGCAGUGGGGAGCAAGCGGAGUUGGAGGAUUUCAGUUCAAGUAAGAGUACUGGGAAUGCAGAAAAGAGCACCAGAUUAAGGGAUCCCUUGCAAACUAAAUACUAUGAUAUGGCCGUACAAGGUGACAAAAAGCAUGGAGGCCUUAAGAGGAACUGGCUACAAGAAGAGAAAAUAACUGAUAAAGUUGUUGCACCAAAAAAUGGAAAAUUAACAAGGAGAAAUGAGGCUUUCCUCAAAAGAGUUGAUGAUAAGAGUUCGACGGUGGAAAGAGAAGCCUUCAGGAAUUUUGAUGAAUAUAAUAAUAUCAUGGACCAACCACGUGUUUCACAAAUGGCAAUGGAGGAGAGAAUCCAGCAGUUAGCAAAAUUGUUGAAUGGUGCAGAUAUUGAUAUGCCUGAGUGGAUGUUUUCAAAGAUGAUGCGAAGUGCAAAAAUCAGAUUCACAGAUCAUUCUAUACUGAGAGUUAUUCAGUUAUUAGGAAAACUAGGGAACUGGAGGAGGGUUUUACAAGUCAUUGAGUGGCUUCAAAUGCGUGAACGCUUCAAAUCGCAUAAACUGAGAUUCAUAUAUACAACUGCACUUAAUGUUCUUGGAAAGGCAAAGAGACCUGUGGAGGCCCUCAAUGUAUUUCAUGCCAUGCAGCAACAAAUGUCCUCGUAUCCUGACUUAGUAGCUUAUCACUCUAUUGCUAUCACUCUUGGACAAGCGGGGCAUAUGAAGGAACUUUUUGAUGUGAUUGAUACUAUGCAAUCACCUCCCAAGAAGAAGUUCAAGAAAGGAGCACUUGAGAAGUGGGACCCUCGCUUGGAACCAGAUAUUGUUGUUUACAAUGCGGUCCUAAAUGCUUGUGUUCAGCGGAAACAAUGGGAAGGGGCAUUUUGGGUGAUGCAGCAAUUAAAGCAAAAAGGCAUUCACCCUUCCACGACAACAUAUGGACUAGUUAUGGAGGUGAUGUUUGCAUGCGGCAAGUACAACUUGGUUCAUGAAUUUUUCAGAAAAGUACAGAAAUCUUCCAUACCAAAUGCUUUGACAUAUAGAGUUCUUGUGAAUACCCUUUGGAAAGAAGGUAAAGUAGAUCAGGCUGUAUCGGCUGUUGAGAACAUGGAAGGACGAGGAGUAGUAGGUUCUGCCGCUCUAUAUUAUGACUUAGCUCGGUGCCUUUGCGGUGCUGGAAGGUGUCAAGAAGCAUUAAAGCAGAUCAAGAAGAUCUGCAAGGUUGCAAAUAAACCUCUAGUGGUAACAUAUACUGGUUUAGUUCAAGCUUGUCUGGACUCUGGGAAUAUUCAAGAUGCGGAAUAUAUAUUCAACCAAAUGAAGGACUUCUGUUCCCCAAAUCUUGUUACUUGUAACAUAAUGCUGAAAGCUUAUCUUGAACACGGGAUGUUCAAAGAAGCAAAAGAGCUGUUCCUGGAGAUGUUAGAAGAUGGUAAUCAUAUCAGCAGUAAAUCUGAUUAUAAGGUUCGGGUGAUACCAGAUAUCUACACAUUCAAUACUUUGUUAGAUGCGUGCACUGCAGAGAAGAGGUGGGAUGACUUUGAGUAUGUUUUCAAAAGGAUGCUGCAUCAUGGGUUUCACUUCAAUGCUAAACGACAUCUUCGGAUGAUAUUGGAUGCUUCCAGAGCUGGAAAGGGUGAGCUGCUGGACAUGGCUUGGAUCCAUUUGACGGAGGCUGCUCGGGUUCCACCACCACCUCUCAUCAAAGAAAGGUUUUGCUUGAAGCUGGAGAAAGGUGACGUUGUUGCUGCCAUUUCCUGUAUUUCCUAUCAUAAUCUGGGCAACUUGCAGGAGUUCUCGCAGAAGGCUUGGUUGAAACUGUUGAAGGAAGAUUCCAAAAGGUUCUCCAAGGAUAGUCUUAUUCGGUUAAUUCAUGAGAUUAGCAUUCUUAUAUCGGGAAGAGACUGCCCGAAUCCCGUUUUGGAUAAUGUUUUAGCAUCUUGUAAAGAAGUCUGUAGGACUGGUGUAAUAGUCGCCGACAUUAAGCCAACAGAAACUUUUUCCAGAACCCAAAUUGAUUCUGAUUUGAAGUUUCAGUAAAUUGUUAUGAUAAUGUUUACCUAGUAGAAA